UCAGUGGCUAUCCCUUUAAGCUGCUCUGUUCUUUAUUAAUAUAAGUUUUUCACAAGGUCUUUAUGUAAGGUUUUAAGUAUUUAUAGCCUAUAUAUAACGGGAUAUAACCCAUUGAAUGAUUUAAAAACAUGUAUAGCACGCUGCAUGCCAUUUGUCAGUAAGGACGGAUAUUUAAAAUGCUGUCAUGAUUUAUUAACGGCCUCACAGCGGUGACUGACUGAACUCACUUCGGUUCAGUCGGUCAAUUUGUCAGUGGCUCUCCACCCUCACCUGUUGAUUUUUUUCUCUCACGACAUUCUGGAUGAGUUUAAAUUAGAAACGCCCUUUGAAAAUUAAAAAAAGCCACAAUAUUUUAGCUGUUAGCAUUAUUUACAUGUUUUGUAAUGGCACUUUUGCUCGAUCAGCAGUUUGCGCCGCUGCCAGACAACAACGAGAUCGCUACGAAAACAUUUCUGGAGUCAGUUUCCCAUCUGCCACCUUUUUUCGAUUGCCUUGGUUCUAAGGUUUUUGCACCAAUUAAGGCUGACAUAAAUGGAAACAUCACAAAAAUUAAAGCUGUCUAUGACUCCGAUCCAGUGAAGUAUGAGACUCUUCAGCAGAUACUGUUAGUUGAGAAAAGCAUCCAUGGCUCAGAGUGGCCUAAAGUUGGAGCCACGUUGGCACUUAUGUGGUUAAAGAGAGGUCUGCGGUUCAUUCAGGUUUUACUGCAAAGUCUAGCGGAUGGGGAGAGAGAUGAGGACAAUCCCAAUCUUAUUCGCAUCAAUAUCACUAAAGCUUAUGACCAAGCCCUCAAGAGGUACCACGGCUGGAUCGUCCAGAAGGUUUUCAAGGCUGCCCAAUUUGCUGCACCGUGCAGGUCAGAUUUUCUUAAAGCUUUAUCCAAGGAUCAAGAAGUUGCAGAGGAGGAAUGCUUAGCAAAAAUUCGCCAGUUCUUGAUAAACUUCACUGCAAAUGUAGAUGCCAUUUAUGAAAUGUAUUCCGCAAUGAAUGCUGAACUGGACUACUUGGUUUGAAACACCCUACAGAUGUCAGUUUCUGAAGCAAUUCAGUCUAUUCAUCUUUAAAGGAGUAGUUCACUUUGAAAUGAAAAUUAGCCCCAGUUUUACUCACCCUCAAGCCAUCCUAGGUCUAUAUGACUUUCUUCUUUCUGAUGAACACAAUGGGAGAUAUAUAAAAAAAUAUCCAGACGCAUCCAAGCUUUAUAAUGGCAGUGAGCGAUACCAACCAGUAUGAGCUGAAGAAAGUGCUUUCAUCCACAUUCAAUACAUUGUGCAAAGUGGUAUAAAUAAACGUGACUUGACUGGGGUGAUGAAUUCCAGAUCUCGUGCAAACAUAUCCACAUCCCUAUAAUCACAUGCUUUCUUAACUACUGUUUUCUCACCAUUGUCAUUUCUGUUCAUCUAAGCCGUUCUGUGAACGAAACCUUAAAAGGGUUAAUUCACCCAAAAAUGAAAAUAAAUCCCAUGAUUUACUCACCCUCAAGCCAUCCUAGGUGUGUAUGACUAUCUUCUUCCUUUAGACAAACACAAUCGGAGAUAUUUUAAUAAAUAUCCUGACACAUCCAAUAUUCUGAAGACUUCCAAUAUUAUUUUAGACUUCUAAUUCAUGACCGGUGUUUUGUUUUGCUCUGUCCUCUGUGCUUCCAUGUUUGUUAUUGCGUCAUGCGUUGGGUCAGGGGUUACUCUUCCGCCGCAGAUCGAUGAUACGGCCGCAUUAGACUUAGAGAAGUUGUCCUUGUGUUGUUGUAUGACAGUAGAUGUUUAUACUUGUAUACAUGCAGCAUUAAUUCUCUAGUGUCUAGUGUGGAUGAGGACAUGUAUUAAUAGCUUACAUGCUGUUUCAUAAAGUGAUGAUGCUUCGUUUCCAUGAUUCAGCAAAAACAGCUUGUGUUGUCUAUAUUCUGUGAAUAAAGUAUUUUCCUGAUAAUUUACUCACCCCAUGUCAUCCAAGAUGUUCAUGCCU